AUGAUUAAGAGAUUCGUACAAUUCGAUCCCACUAGAAGACGCUGUUGGAUUCCACUCAGUAACCUAUCACUUGGCUUUAAUACAAUCUUCUGGUUGACGUCAUCGCCAACGCAACCAUUUUGGACUCCGGUGAAAACCGGCUCUGCUUUUGUCUGUCCUGUUGCACACAUCGUCCGAGCAGAUGCAAAGUGUGACUGGCUUUUUCAUAAAUCUUCUGAAAUAACAUUGUUGGGGGGACUUUCAUUUCGUAUGAACGUGCACAAAGAAGAGAUUGCAACGUCGAUCCCACGAGAAGACGACGACUGA